AUGGAUGAAGCCCCAGAAGUAAGUCUCACAGGUUAUACUACUCAUUAUGGAUACAGCCGGAGACCAUCAGAACUGAAGAAAACCAAAAGGAGAUUUAGUUCGUGGUGGACUAGUUUUUGGGUUCGAGGUUCAUGGUGGGACUCGAUAUUUGUAGCCUCGUGUGUUAUCGCAGUCUCACUGGAUCCAUUGUUCUUUUACAUUCCUAUCAUCGAUAGGGAAAAAAAGUGCCUUCAAGCAGACACACAAUUGAGAACUGUAACUCUCAUUUUGCGAUCAGUCAUGGAUAUACCUUUUAUAGUGCAUAUUAUCUAUCAGAUUCGUGAAGCUAUGAUCGCUGCAGCCUUCGAUAAGAUGGCUAACCAAGAAGAAUCGAAGUUUUCCUAUUUCUUUGAAUGUGUUGAUGCAAUAGUUGACAAUUUGUCAUGGCGCUCUCUCAUAACUGACAUUCUAGCUGUACUACUACUUGUUGUCUUUUUUAAAAUGAGAGGCUCUAGAUAUUUGGACCACAGAAAGAUUUUGAAUUUCUUUCUUCUCGCUCAAUAUUUGGCAAGAAUUUAUCGUAUUCACCUAUCUUCCCAAAUACUUACAAAGAGUCAUGGAAUAUGGAUUAAAGGACUGUUCAAUUUCUUUCUCUAUAUCUUUGCAAGUCACGUACUUGGAGCCUUUUGGUAUUUCUUUUCGAUUCAACGAGAGACAUCAUGCUGGCAUCGAAGUUGCGAAGAUAUGGUGAGACUUAUAACAUCUCUGAAUGUAUCGUGCCCUAUAAAUACUACUGGACCAUUUGAUUUUGGAAUAUUUCUUGAUUCUCUAAUGUCCAAUAACACGGCAUCAACCAACUUUCCACAAAAGUUGUGUUACUCUUUUUGGUGGGGUCUACGAAAUUUGAGUAAUUUUGGCACGAAUCUUGUAACAAGUAACUACGUAUGGGAGAAUUUAUUCGCAAUUCUUAUUUCUAUCACUGGCUUGUUACUGUUUUUGUACCUCAUCGGAAAUGUGCAGACAUUUAUGUCUGUGGAAACUGAAAAGUCAGAAGAGAUAAGAAGGAAGAUCAAAUCAAAAGAGCAAGAUAUGAAAGUGUGGAUGGAGAAAAAUUGCCUCCCUGCUAAUUUGAGGAAAGAAAUCAUGGCAAAUAUAAGAGAAAAAUUAGAACAAGACAAGCAUGCUGACAUGGAGAAUCUGUUCUCCAUUCUUCCCUGGUCAACCAAAAAAUCUCUAAAGCGUGUUCUCUGCAUGAGUACACUGAGAAAAGUACCAAUGCUUGAAGGCAUGAAUCCGAAAGUUUUGAAAAUGAUAUGUGACUAUCUGAAGCCUGUGAUAUACCCUGAGCAUAGCUAUGUUGCCAAGGUGGAUGAACCAGUUGAUCGGAUGGUGCUCGUCACAGAAGGAACCAUGUGGAUCUACUCGUCGAAUGCUAGUACUCCAUCUAAGAUCCACAGGACUGUUGAGAACGGUGACAUAUACGGAGAUGAACAACUUCUGAGUUGGGCGUCGAAGGACAUGCAACACGUCUCGUUUGCAACCCUCCUGAUCUCAAAAGCAAAUGUGAAAUGUCACACAAGAGUGGAAGGGUUUGCUAUAACAGCCAAGGACUUGAAAGCAGUCGCCACCAAGUGCAAAAUGUAUUGGAAUUACGAUGAUCCUCGAGAGAAGGAGAGGGUGGCGAGCUCUACCAUAGGAACGUCGUUCUGUCGAAACCACAGUAACCCAAAUAGGCCAGCUAGUAGGAGGUGCGACCUCGCCAAGGACACGAAUUGA